CGUAGAGACGGAAAUUUUCUUUGUUUUCCUCCUUACGCAGUCGUUUCGUCUCGCUCAUACUUUUAUAGAAAAACGACCUGUAGUAUUAAUGAUCAGCGAAAACAUGCUUGUUCUUCCCCUGUCAACUUUAACAAUGCCGCUCGAUUCGAUUCACGAAAGAGCUCCGCUGGAAAUUAUAAGAAGAAGCAGUAAAAAUUGAAUAAAAAAAAAGAAAAAAAGGAAACAAAACCCAGAGACACAUAGAAGCGGGCCAGAAAAUGGAGGAAGAUUUGGGUGCUUCAGAGCAUGUUAUCGAAACCCUGAGGAACAGAGGAUGGUGUUUCAGAGGCUUGGAGCAAGUGAAGGCCAUCAUCAUCAUCAACACCGCUUUGGCCGAUGACGACACCCCUACGAUUGUGGCUUCGGUGGAGUCGGAGCUCGCUAACAUGGACAUCAGAACCAUUGGAGGCAAGUCCUUGCCCGACCCCUCGAUUAUUCGCAAAUCCUCUCAUCUGUCGGGCCCAAAAGUCCUUCAGAUAUCUUCGGCGAGAGACAUAUCCAAAAGCAGCUUAGAGGAUUUCUCGAAUAGUUCUGGCAGCCGACGUCUUCUGAGACUUGGUCUUACUGAUGGAUUUACUGAGAUAACGGCUAUUGAGUAUUCAAAUAUCCCAUCAAUUUCUGAUGAUAUUGUUCCUGGUACUAAGGUUUGUAUAGCAAAUAAAGCCGCGAUACAUAGUGGCAUACUUUGUUUGAAUCCUAAAGUAUUAACUGUAAUAGGAGGUGUUGUUCCAUCUCUUCAUGAAGAAUGGCAGAUGAACAAAAAAUAUUCAGGUUUCUCUCGUUCAUCUUUAAGGCUAUCACAGGAGAGUGAUGGUAGUGGUCCUCCUCCAUUUGAGAAGUUCCAAAUUGGGUUACCCCAACAUCGGCUUAUGCAGCAAGAUUUUGCUGGUUCUAGCUCCAGAAACGGUGAGCGUAGUGUGGUUGACAGAAAUAUUGGUAUUAGGCCAACUGGUAGACAAUAUAACCUUCACUUGAAAGCAAAUGACAUAGAUAGCAGUUUGAAAUCAGCUUCUGUGGCAGAAAGAACUGAAGAGAAACCAAGUAGCUCAGAAACAAGACCAAAAGAAGUAGUUGAGUAUGUCCCUGUCCAAAAUCAAGCAGCUGCGCAAAAACUCCUCCAGAAAAUGAGUCAACCAAACCAGAAUGAUCGGCGAUACAAAGGUAGAAGAGGUAGGUGGAAGGAAAAACAAGAGGAGCCCUCUGUAUUAACUCUUGAUGAAUGGGAAAAUAGGAAAGCUGGGGUGAACCUUCUAAUUUCAGCUGAAGUUCAAAAUAUCAGUCAGGAUGAGUAUCUUGCGUGGCAGCUUCAAAACCAAUUUGAUUUGGAAGAUUCUAAUGUACAAAGGGGACAUGGUGGGGAAGCAGAAGAUAUAAGAAUGAGCAUGUUCAACUACAACAGAGAUGACAAUGGUGGUCAAGGAAUUGGGCAUGAAGGAAGAGGGAGAGGGAGAGGGAGAGGAAGGGGAACGGGGAGAGGGAGAGGAAGGGGAGACGACAAUGAGUAUCUUGUGUGGCAGCCUCAAAACCAAUUUGAUUUGGAAGAUUCUAAUGUACGAAGGGGACAUUGUGGGGAAGCAGAAGAUAUAAGAAUGAGCAUGUUCAACUACAACAGAGACGACAAUGGUGGUCAAGGAAUUGAGCAUGAAGGAAGAGGGAGAGGGAGAGGGAGAGGAAGGGGAAGGGGGGGAGGGAGGGGGAGGGGAAGAGGAAGGGGCAGAUUUUGAUUGUUUGAGGCUCUCUUUCUAUUGUUUUCAUAUUUUGCUUCAGAUUUGCAUUCAUACAUUAUCUUAUGUUUUGCUGCAAUUUUGCUCACUGCUAAGAUUUGCUUUUCCUUUGUUGAAUACAAAAUACUUCAUAAAUUAUAGAAAUGUAUGGUUUUCUUGUC